AUGGAGUCGGGGAAUCUUUAUAACCAGCCCGUGGUGAUAGAUAAUGGAUCAGGUAAUUUGAAAGCAGGAUUUGCAGGUGAAGAAAAGCCUAAAACAUAUGGUUCUUCUAUAGUCGGAAGACCUAAAUAUCAAAAGAUCAUGGCAGGCUUAAUGAAAGGUGAAAAUUCAGAGAGAGCGAAAGAUGGUAUAUUUAUGGGUAAUUAUGCACAGCAGAAUAGAGGUUUAUUAAAGCUCAAUUAUCCAAUUGAGCAUGGAAUAGUAAAGGAUUGGGAUGAUAUGGAAAGGCUAUGGUACCAUCUAUAUACCCAAGAGUUGAAUAUCAAUCCUGAGGAGCAUCCUUUGCUCAUUACUGAAGCACCAUUAAAUCCCAGACUGAAUAGAGAGAAAAUGUGUCAGAUUUUGUUUGAGCUGUUUAAUAUACCUUGCGUAUAUGUGUCGAUCCAAGCUGUAUUGUCACUCUAUGCUUCGGGUCGUACAACUGGAGUCGUAAUAGAUAGUGGUGAUGGUGUCAGUCAUGUGGUUCCCGUCUAUGAAGGUUUUUCGUUGCCUACUUCGAUCAGAAGAAUGGAUGUCGCUGGUAGAGAUAUAACGGAAAAUUUAGCAUUCAACUUAAGAAAAAUGACAGGAGUAAAUCUACUGAGUAGUUCAGAGUUUGAGAUCGUUAGGAUGAUCAAAGAAAAGGUGUGCUUUAUUUCCAAAGAUCCAAUUAAAGAUGAAAAGUUAUAUUCUUCCCAUUUUUAUAUGGGGUCACAAGAAUCUGAUUUGAAUGCCACUUAUAGAUUACCAGAUGGUCAUGAGAUAAAUAUGGGAGCAGAAAGAUUUCGGUCAACUGAAAUCUUGUUCGAUCCACAAAUAAUUGGAGAUGAAUCUCCGGGUUUGCAUGAAUUGGCCUCCAUAUCAAUAUCUAAGACAGAUUUGGAUCUAAGAUCCACCUUGUAUCAGAAUAUAAUACUCUCGGGAGGUAAUACGCUAUUAAAAAAUUUCGGAGAUCGAAUGCUUAAUGAGUUAAGGGCAUUACAACAACAGCAACAGCUGAGCAAUUCGAUAUGGUCCAAAAUAAACAGUGCAUCGUACAAUAUGAAUAUGAAGGUCAAAAUUUAUGCUCCUCCGGAAAGAAAGUAUUCUACUUGGAUUGGUGGCUCAAUUUUGGCUGGUUUAUCAACAUUUAAAAAGAUGUGGGUUACUAGUGAAGAAUACACGGAAAAUCCUGAUAUAGUACACAAAAAAUGUAUGUAA